AUCCAAGCUGGAGCAAAGUGGUGGGAGAGGAGGUGCCAGGGAAGGAGGAGGGAGAGGGGCUGGCCAUGGGCAAGGGUGUUGUUCCAGAGGAAAACUUGGUGAGAGAGCAGGAGCAUCAGGCUCCCUCCUUCUUGCUGUCGCUGCUGAGAUCGACAGUUGGGUCGCAGCUCAGUGAGCCCCUGCUGCAGGAAACAAGCAAGGGGACCUCCAGGGAGCUCAGGCUGCCGAGGCACGGUAGCCCUGCCCUAUCUUGAGGACUCCCUUCCCAGGGUCAGGAACAGGGCAGGUGCAGAGGCACUGCAGUCGCCUGUUGCCCAGCCUCCUGAGUGAUGCCAGCCCAAUGGUUCCUAAUCUCCAGACUGGCCCUCUUGGUACUGCUGGGCACAGUCAGAGCAGGCCCUUUCUCUCCACGGUCCAAUGUGACACUCCCAGCCCCCCGGCCUCCUCCCCAGCCGGGGGGCCGCACAGUGGAGCCCGUUGGGGGAAGCCCCUCUUCUCGGCUUUAUGAACACACAGUGGAAGGAGGGGAGAAGCAGGUGGUUUUUACCCACCGCAUCAACCUGCCACCUUCAGCCGGUUGUGGUUGUCCCCCGGGCACGGAGCCCCCCGUUCCUGCUUCAGAGGUACAGGCCUUGAAGGUCCGGCUAGAGAUCCUGGAGGAGCUGGUGAAGGGGCUCAAGGAACAGUGCGCUGGGGGAUGUUGUCCCGCUGCAGCCCAGGCUGGCACAGGCCGGACAGAUGUCCGCAGCCUCUGCAGUCUCCAUGGCGUGUUUGACCUGAGCCGCUGUGCCUGCUCCUGCGAGCCAGGCUGGGGUGGGCCCACCUGCUCAGACCCCACUGGCGCUGGGGUGCCCCCCUCCACCCCACCCUCAGUCUCCGGGUCCUGCCCAGACGACUGCAACGAUCAGGGUCGCUGUGUCCGCGGGCGCUGCGUGUGCUUCCCUGGUUACAGCGGCCCCAGCUGUGGCUGGCCCUCGUGCCCCGGGGACUGCAACGGCCGUGGGCGCUGCGUGCAAGGCGUAUGCGUGUGCCGCGCGGGCUUCUCCGGGGACGACUGCAGCCAGCGCUCCUGCCCCCGGGGCUGCAGCCAGAGGGGGCGCUGCGAGGACGGGCGCUGCGUGUGCGACCCCGGCUACACUGGCGACGACUGUGGGAAGAGGAGCUGCCCCCGAGGCUGCAGCCAGAGGGGGCGCUGCGAGAACGGACGCUGCGUGUGCGACCCCGGCUACACUGGCGACGACUGCGGGGUGAGGAGCUGCCCACGGGGCUGCAGCCAGAGGGGGCGCUGCGAGGACGGGCGCUGCGUGUGCGACCCCGGCUACACCGGCGACGACUGCGGCUCGCGGAGCUGCCUGUGGGACUGUGGCGAGGGCGGGCGCUGCGUGGACGGCCGCUGCGUGUGCUGGCCCGGGUACGCGGGCGAGGACUGCAGCACCCGGACGUGCCCGCGGGACUGCCGGGGCCGCGGGCGCUGCGAGGACGGCGAGUGCAUCUGCGACGCAGGGUACAGCGGGGACGACUGUGGAGUGCGCAGCUGCCCAGGCGACUGCAACCAAAGGGGCCGCUGCGAGGACGGCCGCUGCGUGUGCUGGCCGGGGUACACGGGGCCCGACUGCGGCUCGCGCGCCUGCCCCCGUGACUGUCGGGGCCGCGGGCGCUGCGAGAACGGCGUCUGCGUGUGCAACGCGGGCUAUAGCGGCGAGGACUGCGGCGUGCGCAGCUGUCCCGGGGACUGUCGCGGCCGGGGCCGUUGCGAGAGUGGCCGCUGCGUGUGUUGGCCCGGGUACACAGGUCGGGACUGCGGCACGCGCGCCUGCCCUGGCGACUGUCGUGGGCGCGGGCGCUGCGUGGACGGCCGCUGCGUGUGCAACCCCGGCUUCGCGGGCGAGGACUGCGGGAGCCGUCGGUGCCCUGGGGACUGCCGCGGGCGGGGCCGCUGCGAGGAUGGCAUGUGCGUGUGCAACGCGGGCUACGAGGGAGAGGACUGUGGCGUGCGCAGCUGCCCAGGAGGUUGCCACGGCCGCGGCCAGUGCCACGACGGGCGCUGCGUGUGUGACGAUGACUACUCGGGAGAGGACUGCAGCAUAAGGCGGUGCCCGCGCGACUGCAGUCAGCAUGGCGUGUGCCAGGACGGCGUGUGCACCUGCUGGGAGGGUUAUGCCGGCGAGGACUGCGGCCUCCGUACCUGCCCCUCCAACUGCCACCAGCGCGGCCGCUGUGAGGACGGGCGCUGCGUGUGCAACUCAGGCUACACCGGCCCCUCCUGCGCUACCCGCACCUGCCCGGCGGAUUGCCGGGGCCGCGGGCGCUGUGUGCAGGGAGUAUGCGUGUGCCACGUGGGCUAUAGCGGCGAAGAUUGUGGGCAGGAAGAACCUCCCGCCAGCGCCUGCCCUGGGGGCUGUGGACCCCGGGAACUGUGCCGCGCUGGCCAGUGUGUAUGCGUGGAGGGCUUUCGAGGACCUGACUGCGCCAUUCAGAUGUGCCCUGGGGACUGCCGUGGCAGGGGAGAGUGUCGUGAGGGCAGCUGCAUCUGUCAAGAUGGUUAUGCAGGGGAGGACUGCGGGGAAGAGGUUCCAGCCAUUGAGGGCAUGAGGAUGCAUCUCCUAGAGGAGACAACGGUUCGGACAGAGUGGACCAGGGCUCCUGGCACUGUGGAUGCCUACGAAAUUCAGUUCAUUCCCACGACGGAGGGGGUGAGCCCCCCAUUCACAGCACGGGUACCCAGCUCUGCCUCAGCCUAUGACCAGAGAGGACUGGCGCCCGGUCAGGAGUACCAGGUCACAGUCCGUGCCCUUCGAGGGACUAGCUGGGGCCCUCCUGCCUCUAAGACCAUCACCACCAUGAUUGAUGGCCCACAAGACCUCCGGGUGGUGGCUGUGACACCAACCACACUGGAGCUCAGCUGGCUGCGACCCCAGGCAGAAGUGGACCGAUUCGUGGUGUCCUAUGUCAGCGCUGGCAACCAGAGGGUGCGGCUGGAAGUGCCCCCAGAGGCGGAUGGGACAGUGCUGACUGACCUGAUGCCAGGCGUGGAAUAUGUAGUGACUGUCACGGCAGAGCGGGGCCGGGCAGUAAGCUACCCGGCUUCUGUCAGAGCCAACACAGGGUCCUCUCCUUCAGGCCUCUUGGGAGCCACCGAUGAGCCUCCUCCCUCGGGCCCUUCCACGACUCAAGGGGUCCAGGCCCCAGAACUGCAGCAGCGCCCGCAGGAGCUGGGGGAGUUGAGGGUGCUGGGCAGAGACAAGACAGGGAAGCUCCGCGUUGCUUGGACUGCUCAGCCUGACACAUUUGCCCACUUCCAGCUCCGCCUUCGGGUGCCCGAGGGGCCAGGGGUGCAUGAGGAACUACUGCCAGGGGACGUCCGCCAGGCUCUGGUGCCCUCACCCCCUCCUGGAGUCUCCUAUGAGCUGUCACUUCGUGGGGUCCCCCCGGAGGGCGAGCCCUCUGCCCCUCUCAUCUACCAAAGCAUUAUGGACAGGGAUGGGGCGAAGCCUGGGAAGCCCUUGGCCCAGCCACGCCUGGGCGAGCUGAUGGUGACUGACCCAACCUCCAACUCUCUGCUCCUGCACUGGACGGUCCCUGAGGGCGAGUUCGACUCCUUCGUGAUCCAGUACAAGGACAGGGAUGGGCCCCAGGUGGUACCUGUGGAGGGAUCCCAGCGCUCAGCCCGCAUCACUAACCUGGACGUCGACCGCAAGUACAAAUUUGUGCUAUAUGGGCUCCUGGGCAAGAAGAGGCAUGGGCCCCUGGUGGCUGAAGCCAAGAUCUUGCCUCAGAGUGAUCCUAGCGCAGCGACUCCACCCCGCCUCGGCAAGCUGUGGGUGACAGAUCCCACCCCAGACUCACUGCGCCUUUCCUGGACUGUCCCUGAAGGCCAGUUUGACUCUUUCGUAGUUCAAUACAGGAAUAGGGAUGGACAGCCCCAAGUGAUGCCCGUGGAAGGGCCCGAGCGCUCGGUCAUUGUCUCCUCGCUGGACCCUAACCACAAGUACAGAUUCACUCUGUUUGGGGUUGCCAACAAGAAGCGUCAUGGCCCCCUCACAGCCGAUGGGACCACUGCCUCAGAGCAGAGAGCGGAGUCCCUCCACCCAGAGUCCCCAGUGCAGCCCCUGCUGGGGGAGCUGUCAGUGACUCAGGCAAACCCAGACUCCCUGCGCCUGGCCUGGACCGUGCCCCAGGGCUCCUUUGACUCCUUUGUGGUCCAGUACAAGGACGCACAGGGCCAGCCCCAGGUGGUGCCCAUCAGGGGAGAUGAGAACGAGGUCACCAUCCCGGGCCUGGAGCCCCACCGGAAAUAUAAGAUGAACCUCUACGGGCUUCAUGGCAGGCAGCGUGUGGGACCUGUGUCCGUGGUGGCCACCACAGCCCCCCAGGACCUUGUGGAGGAGACGCCCAGCCCCACAGAACCCAGCACGGAGGCCCCGGAGCCCCCCGAGGAGCCCCUCCUGGGGGAGCUGACGGUGACGGGAUCCUCCCCAGACUCGCUGAGCCUCUCCUGGACCGUCCCCCAGGGCCACUUCGACUCCUUCACUGUCCAGUACAAGGACGGGGACGGGCGGCCCCAGGUGGUACGUGUCAGGGGUGAUGCAAACGAGGUCACCAUCGGGGACCUGGAGCCGGGGCACAGGUACAAGAUGCACCUGUAUGGCCUGUACGAGGGGCAGCGCCAGGGCCCAGUGUCCACCGUGGGCAUCACUGCUCCACACCCAGAAGAGACCCCAGCCACAGAGCCGCCCCUGGAGCCACGCCUGGGGGAGCUGACAGUGACCAAUGUGACCCCCAGCUCCGUGGGCCUUGCAUGGACAGUCCCCGAGGGCCAGUUUGACUCCUUUGUGGUCCAGUACAAGGACAGGGAUGGGCAGCCCCAGGUGGUGCCUGUGACGGCAGACCAGCGCGAGGUCACCAUCUCUGGCCUGGAGCCUGCACGCAAGUACAGGAUGAACGUCUAUGGGCUACAUGAUGGACAGCACAUGGGCCCCCUCUCUGUAGUAGCUGUGACCGCUCCCCUCCCCACAGCCCCAGCCACAGAGUCCCCCCAGGAGCCACAGCUGGGGGAGCUGACAGUGUUAGACAUGACCCCAGACUCCGUGACCCUCUCCUGGACGGUCCCCAACGGUGAAUUCGACUCCUUCAUGGUCCAGUACAAGGACAGGGAUGGGCAGCCCCAUGUGGUGCCUGUGGCCGCAGACAAGCGUGAGGUCACCGUCCCCGGCCUGGAGCCCGGCCGGAAGUACAAGUUCCUGCUCUAUGGGCUUCAGGAUGGGAAGAGACACAGCCCAGUCUCUGUAGAGGCAAAAACAGCUGCGCAAGGUGACGCCAGCCUCAAGGCCCCCCCGCGCCUGGGGGAGCUGUGGGUGACAGAUCCCACCCUGGACUCACUACACCUCUCCUGGACUGUGCCCGAGGGCCAUUUUGACUCCUUUGUGGUCCAGUUCAAGGACAGAGAUGGGCCCCACAUGGUGCCCGUGGAAGGCCACGAGCGCUCGGUCACCGUCACCCCUCUGGACCCUGGUCGCAAGUACAGAUUCCUCCUUUAUGGGCUCCUGGGCAAGAAGCGCCAUGGCCCCCUCACUGCUGAAGGCACCACAGAGCCCAGGAGUGGUGUGGACGAUGCUAGAACAAGGCACCCCCCAAAACCCCGUCUCGGGGAAGAGCUACAGGUGACCAGCGUGACACCAGACUCUGUGAGCCUCGCGUGGACGGUCCCUGAGGGCCACUUUGACUCCUUUGUGGUCCAGUACAAGGACAGGGACGGGCAGCCCCAGGUGGUCCCUGUGGAGGGCAGCCUCAGGGAGGUCAGCGUCUCUGGCCUGGACCCAGCCCGCAGGUAUAAGCUGCUGCUGUACGGGCUGCACCAGGGCAAGCGUGUGGGUCCCAUCUCUACCAUCGCCUUGACCGCCCCCAGAAAAGAUAUCGAAGCCGAGGUCCCAAGUCCUCCAGGGCCUGAACCCCUCUUAGGGGAGGUAACUGUGGAGGAAGUGACACCAAACACCUUGCAUCUCUCCUGGACUGAGACUGAGGGCGAUUAUGACUCCUUCGAGGUCCACUACACAGACCAAGAUGGGCAACUCCAAGUGGUCAGGAUAGAUGGUGACCGGAAUGAUGUCAUCCUCUCUGGCCUGGAAUCUGAGCACAGAUACCUAGUGAACCUGUAUGGUUUCCGUGGCCAGCAGCGCGUGGGUCCUGCCCACAUUGAGGCCCUAACAGCCCCAAGGGAAGAGGAGGAUGAACCUUCAGAACCUCCCACCAAGCCUCGCCUGGGGGAGCUAGCCGUGACUGACCCCACCUUUGACUCCCUGCACCUCUCCUGGACCGUCCCCGAGGGCCAGUUUGACCACUUCCUGGUGCAGUACAAGAAUGGGGACGGGCAGCCCAAGGCGGUGCGCGUCCCGGGGUAUGAGGAGGGGGUCACCGUGUCAGGCCUGCAGCCAGACCACAAGUACAAGAUGAACCUGUAUGGCUUCCACGGUGGCCAGCGCGUGGGCCCAGUCUCUGCCAUUGGGGUGACAGCUGCAGAGGAAGAGACCCCAGCGCUCCCCGAGGUGGAGGAGACGCCCAGCCCCACAGAACCCAGCACGGAGGCCCCGGAGCCCCUCCUGGGGGAGCUGAUGGUAACAGGAUCCUCCCCAGACUCGCUGAGCCUCUCCUGGACCGUCCCCCAGGGCCACUUCGACUCCUUCACUGUCCAGUACAAGGACGGGGACGGGCGGCCCCAGGUGGUGCGCGUCAGGGGUGACGAGUAUGAGGUCACCGUCCGGAGCCUGGAGCCAGGUCGAAGGUACAAGAUGCACCUGUAUGGCCUGCACGGGGCGCAGCGCCAGGGCCCCGUGUCCACCGUGGGCAUCACUGAAAACGAAGCUGUGACCACUGAAGCCUCAUCCACCGUGGCCCCCGAGCCUCCAACCAAGCCCCGCCUGGGGGAGCUGGCCGUGACCGAUGCCACCUCCGACUCCCUGCACCUCUCCUGGACCGUCCCCGAGGGCCAAUUUGACCACUUCCUGGUGCAGUACAAGAACGGGGACGGGCAGCCCAAGGCGGUGCGCAUCCCGGGGUAUGAGGAGGGGGUCACCGUGUCAGGCCUGCAGCCAGACCACAAGUACAAGAUGAACCUGUAUGGUUUCCACGGUGGCCAGCGCGUGGGCCCAGUCUCUGCCAUUGGGGUGACAGCUGCAGAGGAAGAGACCCCAGCGCUCCCCGAGGUGGAGGAGACGCCCAGCCCCACAGAACCCAGCACGGAGGCCCCGGAGCCCCCCGAAGAGCCCCUCCUGGGGGAGCUGACGGUGACAGGAUCCUCCCCAGACUCGCUGAGCCUCUCCUGGACCGUCCCCCAGGGCCACUUCGACUCCUUCACUGUCCAGUACAAGGAUGGGGACGGGCGGCCCCAGGUGGUGCGUGUCGGGGGUGAUGAGAAUGAGGUCACCGUCAGGGGCCUGGAGCCGGGGCGCAGGUACAAGAUGCACCUGUACGGCCUGCACGAGGGGCAGCGCCAGGGCCCCGUGUCCACCAUGGGCAUCACUGACCCCGAAGAGGAGCCCUCGACCAGCACCCUCCAGAAGCCACACUUGGGAGAGCUAACCGUGACAGAUGCCACCCCUGACUCCCUGCACCUCUCCUGGACCAUCCCCGAGGGCCAAUUUGACCACUUCCUGGUCCAGUACAAGAACGGGGACGGGCAGCCCAAGGCGGUGAGAGUGCCAGGGAAUGAGGACCAGGUCACCGUGUCAGGCCUGCAGCCAGACCACAAGUACAAGAUGAACCUGUACGGCUUCCACAGGGGCCAGCGUGUGGGCCCGGUCUCUGCUGUCGGUUUAACUGCCCCAGGAAAGGACCAUGAAAUGCCAGCCUCCACAGACGUACCCACCUUGGCCCCCGAGCCUCCCACCAAGCCCCGCCUGGGGGAGCUGGCCGUGACCGACACCACCUCCGACUCCCUGCACCUCUCCUGGACCGUCCCCGAGGGCCAGUUUGACCACUUCCUGGUGCAGUACAAGAAUGGGGACGGGCAGCCCAAGGCGGUGCGCGUCCCGGGGUAUGAGGAGGGGGUCACCGUGUCAGGCCUGCAGCCAGACCACAAGUACAAGAUGAACCUGUAUGGCUUCCACAGUGGCCAGCGUGUGGGCCCAGUCUCUGCCAUUGGGGUGACAGCUGCAGAGGAAGAGACCCCAGCACUCCCCAAGGUGGAGGAGACGCCCAGCCCCACAGAACCCAGCACGGAGGCCCCGGAGCCCCCCGAAGAGCCCCUCCUGGGGGAGCUGACAGUGACAGGAUCCUCCCCAGACUCGCUGAGCCUCUCCUGGACCGUCCCCCAGGGCCACUUCGAUUCCUUCACUGUCCAGUACAAGGACGGGGACGGGCGGCCCCAGGUGGUGCGUGUCGGGGGUGAUGAGAACGAGGUCACUGUUGGGGGCCUGGAGUCGGGGCACAGGUACAAGAUGCACCUGUACGGCCUGCACAGGGGGCAGCGCCAGGGCCCCGUGUCCACCGUUGGCGUCACCGCCCCACAGGACUUUGUGGAGGAGACGCCCAGCCCCACAGAACCCAGCACGGAGGCCCCGGAGCCCCCCGAGGAGCCCCUCCUGGGGGAGCUGACAGUGACAGGAUCCUCCCCAGACUCGCUGAGCCUCUCCUGGACCGUCCCCCAGGGCCACUUCGACUCCUUCACUGUCCAGUACAAGGACGGGGACGGGCGGCCCCAGGUGGUGCGCGUCAGGGGUGACGAGAAUAAAGUCACUGUCGGGGGCCUAGAACCAGGGCGCAGGUACAAGAUGCACCUGUAUGGCCUGCACAGGGGGCAACGCCAGGGCCCCGUGUCCACCAUGGGCAUCACUGAAAACGAAGCUGUGACCACUGAAGCCUCAUCCACCGUGGCCCCCGAGCCUCCAACCAAGCCCCGCCUGGGGGAGCUGGCCGUGACCGACGCCACCUCCGACUCCCUGCACCUCUCCUGGACCGUCCCCGAGGGCCAGUUUGACCACUUCCUGGUGCAGUACAAGAACGGGGACGGGCAGCCCAAGGCGGUGCGCAUCCCGGGGUAUGAGGAGGGGGUCACCGUGUCAGGCCUGCAGCCAGACCACAAGUACAAGAUGAACCUGUAUGGUUUCCACGGUGGCCAGCGCGUGGGCCCAGUCUCUGCCAUUGGGGUGACAGCUGCAGAGGAAGAGACCCCAGCGCUCCCCGAGGUGGAGGAGACGCCCAGCCCCACAGAACCCAGCACGGAGGCCCCGGAGCCCCUCGAAGACCCCCUCCUGGGGGAGCUGACGGUGACAGGAUCCUCCCCAGACUCGCUGAGCCUCUCCUGGACUGUCCCCCAGGGCCACUUUGAUUCCUUCACUGUCCAGUACAAGGACGGGGAUGGGCAGCCCCAGGUGGUGCGCGUCAGGGGUGACGAGAACGAGGUCACUGUUGGGGGCCUGGAGCCGGGGCGCAGGUACAAGAUGCACCUGUACGGCCUGCACAGGGGGCAGCGCCAGGGCCCCGUGUCCACUGUGGGCAUCACUGGCUCCCUACCCACAGAGCCCCCUGUGGCACCCCGCCUGGGGGAGCUGGCUGUAGCAGCUGUGACCUCCGAUACAGUGAGCCUCUCAUGGACAGUGGCCCAGGGUCUCUUCGACUCCUUCCUGGUCCAGUACAAGGAUGCGCAGGGACAGCCCCAGGUGAUGCCUGUGGGCGGACACCUCCAUGAGAUCACAGUAUCGGGCCUGGACCCAGCCCGCAAGUACAAGUUCCUGCUCUUUGGCCUCCGGGAUGGGAAACGCCAUGGCCCAGUGUCUGCAGAAGCAAAGACAAUCUCAGACAUGAAAUCUCCCCGUCUCGGGGAGCUGACAGUGACAUACGUGACCCCAGACGCCAUGACUCUCUCCUGGACGGUCCCUGAAGGUGAAUUCGACUCCUUCGUGGUCCAAUACAAGGACAGGGACGGGCAGCCUCGCGUGGUGCCCGUGGCCACAGACCAGCGCGAGGUCACCAUCCCCGGCCUGGAGCCCGGCCGGAAGUACAAGUUCCUGCUCUACGGACUGGCAGGCAGGAAGCGCCUGGGCCCCAUCUCUGCCGAUGGUACCACAGCUCCCCUGGAGAAGGAGCGGCAGCGCCCACCCCGCCUCGGGGAGCUGACAGUGACAGAUGGGACCCCAGACUCCCUGCGCCUCUCAUGGACGGUGGCCCAGGGCACGUUUGAUUCCUUUGUGGUCCAGUAUAGGGACCCCGCUGGGCAGCCCCAGGCAGUGCCUGCAGCCAAAGACCAGCGGGAAGUCACCAUAGAGGGUCUGGAGCCUGGCAGGAAAUACAAGUUUCUGCUGUAUGGGCUCCACGGGGGACAGCGCCAGGGCCCCGUCUCUGUCCUGGGAGUAACAGCCCCGGAAGUGGACACACCAGGCCCCUGGCACCCUGCCACAGAGGCUCCUGAGCCCUCUUCAGGGCCCCAGCUGCAGACACUGGCAGUGAGCGACAUAACCCCAGACUCCCUGCGCCUCUCGUGGAGUGUGGCCCAGGGCCCCUUUGACUCCUUCGUGGUCCAGUAUCAGGACACAGAUGGGCAGCCCCAGGCCUUGCUCAUGGACGGCAACCAGAACAAGGUGCAAGUGUCAGGCCUGGAGCCCAGCACCUCCUACACGUUCUUCCUCUACGGCCUCCACGAAGGGAAGCGCUUGGGGCCUGUCUCCGCUGAGGGCACCACAGGGCCUGCUCCUGCUGGCCUGACCCCCGGAGAGACAGGGCCCCGCCUGUCCCAGCUGUCCGUGACCGAUGUGACCACCAGUUCCCUGCGGCUCAACUGGGAGGCCCCCUCAGAGGCCUUUGACUCCUUCCUGCUCCGCUUUGGGGUCCCAUCGCCAAGUACCCUGGAGCCGCACCCGCGUCCCCUGCAGCAGCGGGAGCUGACAGUGCCAGGGUCACAGCGCUCAGCUGUGCUCCGGGACCUGCGCCCAGGGACCCUGUACAGCCUGACAUUGUAUGGGCUGCGGGGGCCCCAUAAGGCCGACAGCAUCCAGGGCACAGCCCGCACCCUCAGCCCAGUUCUGGAAAGCCCCCGUGACCUCCAGUUCAGCGAAAUCGGGGAAACCUCAGCCCAGGUCAGCUGGAUACCUCCAGCAUCCAGAGUGGACAGUUUCAAAGUUUCCUACCAGCUGGCAGAUGGAGGGGAACCACAGAGUGUGCAGGUGGACGGCCGAGCGCGGACCCAGAAACUCAAGGGGCUGAUCCCAGGCUCUCACUAUGAGGUGACCGUGGUCUCUGUCCGUGGCUUUGAGGAGAGUGAGCCUCUCACAGGCUUCCUCACCACAGUUCCUGACGGCCCCACCCAGCUCCGAGCGCUGAACUUGACGGAGGGAUCCGCUCUGCUGCACUGGAAGGCCCCCCAGACCCCUGUGGACAAGUACAAAGUCCGGGUCACAGCCUCAGGGGCCCCCUCACUACAGGGCUCGGCCCCCGGCAGUGCUGUGGAGUACCCUCUGAGUGGCCUCGAGCUCCAUACCAACUACACGGCAACCGUGCGUGGUCUUCGGGGCCCCAAUCUCACCGCCCCGGCCAGUGUCACCUUCACUACAGGGCUGGAGGCCCCCCAGGACUUGGAGGCCAAGGAAGUGACUCCACGCACAGCCCUGCUCACUUGGACUGAACCCCAAGUCCUGCCGACUGGCUACCUGCUCAGUUUCAACACCCCCGGUGAACAGACCCAGGAGAUCCUGCUCCCAGGAGGAGUCACCUCGCACCGGCUGCUGGGCCUCUUUCCCUCCACCCCCUACAGCGUGUGGCUCCGGGCUAUGUGGGGCGAGAGCCUCACACCGCCGGUGUCCACCUCCUUCACCACUGGUGGACUUCCAAUCCCCUUUCCUCGGGACUGUGGGGAAGAGAUGCAGAACGGAGCCAGCUCCUCGAGGGCCACCACCAUCUUCCUGAAUGGGAACCGCGAGCGGCCCCUGGAUGUGUUCUGUGACAUGGAGACCGAUGGGGGUGGCUGGCUGGUGUUCCAGCGCCGCAUGGAUGGACAGACAGACUUCUGGAGGGACUGGGAAGACUACGCCCAUGGCUUUGGCAACAUCUCCGGGGAGUUCUGGCUGGGCAACGAGGCCCUGCACAGCCUGACGGCAGCGGGUGACUACUCCAUGCGCGUGGACCUGCGGGCUGGGGACGAGGCCGUGUUCGCACAGUAUGACUCUUUCCGGGUGGACUCAGCCGCGGACUACUACCGCCUUCAUCUGGACGGCUACCAUGGCACCGCAGGCGACUCCAUGAGCUACCACAGUGGCAGCGUCUUUUCUGCCCGGGAUCGAGACCCCAACAACCUGCUCAUCUCCUGCGCCGUCUCGUACCGCGGGGCCUGGUGGUAUAAGAACUGCCACUAUGCAAACCUCAAUGGGCUCUACGGGAGCACCGUGGACCACCAGGGGGUGAGCUGGUACUACUGGAAGGGCUUUGAGUUCUCUGUGCCCUUCACGGAAAUGAAGCUGAGACCAAGAAGCUACCGGCCCCCAGCGGCCCAGAGAGGCUGACCGCUGCUCACCUCUCCAGCGCCCCAGAAUGACUGCCGAGCACUGAGGGGUCGCGCUGAGAGAAGAGCCAGGGGCCACUGUCACCACCCAGCCACCAGAGGGAGCCUUCUCCAUCUGCGAUCUCACAGCACCAUGUUUACAGGGGGGAGGGCAGGGGUUUGUACGGGAAUAAUAAAAGGAGAAACCGA